AUAACAACUCUUCUUCAACUAUCUUACGCCCACCAGUCCAUGCUAGAUUGCUAGUAUGCAACUCUGCAAUAAUCUCUCAUAAUCAGACUAAAGAAGACGUAAACAUGAACUUUUCAUCCUUACUAGCCACUAGGGAGCACUUCAUCAUCAACCAAAAGUGUCAAAAUCACUGUUUCUGAUCAAUUGCAGAUUCCUCUGUCUAAUUCUUAACAAUCAGUUUCACUUUCUUCAUUAUCAUACUACGCAGUUCAUAUCAGUCGACGGCAACCAACAAAAUGGUUUCUUUUCUCACUUUCUUGAUCGCAGGGUUCUUAGUUUCGUCAUUUCACCUCUCCCAUGCUCGCAUUUUCACCUUUGAACUCCACCACCGGUUCUCCGAUCCCGUCAAGAAAUUGGCACUCCAGCGAACCGCCGCAUCUUUCCCGGUCGACAGUUGGCCGGCCAAGGGCAGUCUUGAUUAUUACACCCAACUGGCGACCCACGACCGGUUCUUCCAUCGCCGGAGACUGUUCGACUCCGACAGCACCAGCUCCAGCCCGCUUACUUUCGCCGACGGGAAUGCCACCUACCGUAUCAGCUCUUUGGGAUUUUUGCAUUACACGACGGUCACUCUUGGAACGCCCGGGAUGAAGUUUCUGGUAGCCCUAGAUACUGGGAGUGAUCUAUUUUGGGUACCCUGUGAUUGUUCCAAUUGCACUUCUACUGAUGAUUCCACUCUCUAUGAUUCUGAUUUUGCUCUUAGCAUUUACAACUUCAAUGGAUCAUCAACGGGAAAGAAGAUCACCUGCACCAACACCUUCUGCUCUCAUCGUAGCAACUGCCUUGACGCAUUUAGCCGUUGCCCUUAUUCUGUUUCGUAUCUCUCGUCGGAGACUUCAACUUCUGGAAUCUUGGUUGAAGAUGUUCUGCAACUGGAAACAGAUGACACUGAUGAAAAGUUUGUUGAUGCUUAUGUUAUCUUCGGGUGUGGUCAAGUGCAAACAGGUUCAUUCCUAGAUGUUGCAGCACCAAAUGGGUUAUUUGGGCUUGGUUUUGAGAAAAUAUCGGUCCCAAGCGUUCUAUCUCAACAAGCGUACAUACCGAAUUCUUUCUCGAUGUGUUUUGGGCGUGAUGGAGUGGGAAGGAUUAACUUUGGAGAUAAGGGUAGUGUUGACCAGGAAGAGACCCCGUUCCAUUUGAAUCCGUUGCAGUAAGUGCCCGAGGUACAACAUCACCAUUGCACAGGUUCAGGUUGGCACUGAUAUUAUUGAUUAUGAGUUCGCUUCACUUUUUGAUACUGGAACUUCCUUCACCUAUCUGGAUGAUCCGCCUUACACAAAACUCUCACAAAGUUUUGACUCACAAACACAGGAUAGACGAUUUGAGUUUGAUCAAAGAAUCCCUUUUGAGUAUUGUUACGAAAUGAGAUCUAAUUCAAGUACUAGUUUGGUUCCUACUAUGAGCCUGACAAUGGAAGGAGGAGGCCGCCUUGUAGUCUUUGAUCCUGUGAUAGUCAUCCCCCUUGAGAGUCAACUUGUGUAUUGCCUUGCUGUUCUGAAGAGCCAAGAUUAUAAUAUAAUUGGGCAGAACUUUAUGACAGGAUACCGGUUUGUGUUUGAUCGAGAAAAGGUCAGUCUUGGGUGGAAGAAGUUUGACUGUUAUGACAUUGAGACGCCAAACAUGCCAUCAAAUACAACCAGUGUGGCUCCUGCUGUGGCUGCUGGUGAUAUAGAAUCAGAUGGGAGGGCAGACAUUACACAUAAAUCAUUUGCAUUCCCUGUUAGUGAUAGGCUCACCACAUUUGCUCUGGUUCACAUUUGCCUAGUGUUUCUUGGUCUCCUUGUAUAGACAUGAUGAUCCUAUCUGUAUGUUGAACAGAAUGCUAGUGAUUGGUUUGGGAGGUAUAGAGUUUUGUUUUGUGCAGUUUUUUGUAUGCCAUUCUGGCCCUGGACAUAUGUUUGUAGAUAUAAUGUAAAUACAUGUUUUAGGAUAUAUAUAUAUAUUCCUGUAGUAAGA